AUGGAUUCUCGUUAUCGUUUUUCAACACAUUUAACAUCACCUCAUCAAGAUCUUGGUCAAACAUAUACGAGUCGUUAUUAUCAUCGUCCUGUACUUUCAACUCCACAUCAUCGAUUACCUCGAUAUUCAAUGGCAACACCGUCUCCAUCUCAUUUAUUCACCUAUCAACAUCAAAUACCUCGACAUCGUUUUCUCUCAGCAUGGGAUUUAGCACCAAAUCCCACUAUUUAUUUAUCAACACAGAGUAUUGGACAACCAACUUCAUCUACACAUCAUCAUAAUUCAUCGUCAAAUGUUCGAGAUAAUCAAAAUUUACUAUCGGGAUUUCAUCAAAAUCAGUCUCAACAACCAUUGUUAACAAACAAUGAUCGUACUCAAUUACAGACAAUGCCAAAUAAAGAUUUUGCCGAUUUAGUUAUGUUACCACGGGAAUGGCGUCGAGGUGAUGAUAUUCUAUUGUGGCCAAAAAAUCAUGAUUAUUAUAAUUUACAAUGGUUAGAAAAUUUAUGGAAAUAUAUUAAUGAAAAAUUACCCAAUGAUUUAUCAAUGUUAGAAAAUACAAAUAUUCUCUAUGUAUUACCUUCUACAAAUUCAACUGUUACAUCUUCUACUACUACACAACAACGUGGUACAAUUACAUUAUAUAAAUUAUCUAAAAAUAUUGGUCUUAUUCAAAUGUUAGCAUCACCAACAAAAGAUGAUCUUAGUUUACAAAAAAUAUUAGGAAAAUUAAACUUUCAUUGUAUUGAUGCAUUUCCCGAUAUUGUACGACGACAUUCAUGUCUACAUACCUAUGUACCAACAUUAACAUGUCAAGGUUUAUUACAAAUCUUACGUUAUCGUUUACGUCAUACAACACAAUUAAAAAUUGUUCAAGAAUUUAAUACACUUCUUAGCGAUUCUGAUAUAAAAUUAUUUCGUCAAUAUAUUUCGAGAAUAUCAUCAUUAGAUUUAGAUGAACAAAAUAUUCAAUGUAUUAAACAAUUACCAAUAUUUGAUAAUGCUUAUAAUGAAACAGAUUCAUUAAAAUAUAUUUCAUUAACAAAUGUUUUAUAUAUUUAUGAAAGUGGACCAAAAUUACCUUUAGAUUUACAACCAAAAUCAUGUAUACAUGUAACAGACAGUGAUUCGAGAAUAUUAUUAGAUAAAUUAGGAUAUGUUAUACAUGAUUUUACACAUGUGGCAAGAUAUAUAAUAACAACAAUUGCUGCAGGCAAUGCACAGAAACAAGAAACAACAACAUCAAAAAUAUCGACAGAUUAUGUAAAAAUGACAACAUUAGGUAAAUGGUUAUUAGCUCAUUGUGCCUCGUUGAUAUUAACCGAUGUUUUAUGUCAAGAAACAUUGUCAUCGUGUAAAUUGUUUUUAAAUAAAAAACAAGAACUUUGUUCAUGUUCACAAUUAAUUGAUCCCUAUUUUAAAGAAAAAUAUUUACCACUAUUUGACGUUCGUCUAUUACCGUGUCAAGAAUUACUCGAUAAUGAUAAAUAUUUAUCACUUUUAAGACAUUUAAAACUACGUACAUGUUAUGAUUUAAAAUGUGAUGAACUCAUUGAUAUAUGUGAACACCAAAAAGAUCAAAAUAAACAACAUAAUCGAGCAUUAUUAGCCGAUUUUAUCUUGGAAUUACUUAUUCAUAAUCCAAAAUUAUUAGAAGAUUAUUCACAAGCUAAACGAAUUGUACUUAAACAAUAUUUAAAUAUUACACCAUGGGUACCAGUUCAAGUAGAACGACCACAACAAUAUCCACAAACAUUAACGUGGCAAGGUUCAGUCGAUCCACGUCGUUUAUAUGUGACACCACGUGAUUGUACAGAUAAAUCUUAUUCGUAUGUGAUUGGUAGUGUCUGUUUAAUAUCAUCAUUAGACAUUCCAUUAGAACAUCGUGGUAAAAUUGAUUUACGAGAAAUUAAAAUUGAUUUAUUAGUUAAACAUUUAAAAAUAGUAAUACAAUGUUUUAUGAAAUGUACACCGACUGAACAUAAAAAUGAAUAUUCAGAAUAUUCAAAUAUAUGUAAAAAACUCUAUGAAUCAUUAUCACAUUUUGAUAUGAUUGAAAUAUCAAAAGAAAUGAAAAUUCAUGAUAUAAAUGAAUGGAUUUGGAAUGGUCAAACAUUUUCAUCUCCUUCUCAAAUUUAUCUUAUUGAAAAAACCCAUGUAUUAGCACCCUAUGUUCAAAUUGUACCCUAUGAUUUUUAUUCUUUUACAAAAUUUUUUGAACGUGUUGGUGUUAAAUUUAAAGCUGAUUCAUCAAAAAUUGAAGAUAUUUUACGUACACAACAAGGUGAUGAUCAUUUUUAUAAAUGGAUUCGUGAUACAUACACUGAUCGACGAUUACUACAAUUAGUAAAUGAUGUUGAAAUGAAACAACAACAGACAAAUAGUACAAAAACAACAAAAGCAUCAACAUCCAAAGAUGAACAAACAAGAAUUACAUUUUCAUCAACAUUAGAUAAUUCAGAUGAUAAAUAUUAUCUCUAUUUACCAGAUAUAUUUAAUAAACAAUUACAACAAAACAAUGUUAAAGAAACAUUGGUUCAAGCUCUCACAACUAUUAUUAAAGAGAAAAAAAUUCAAUUAUUAUCUGAAGAAGAUUAUUUCAUUCGAAAAAUGUCUGGUUUAGAAUAUCAAAAGAGUCUUUAUGAUCAUUAUCGUAUCUACAAUGAUUUAUUAUUACCCAAUUUAAAUGUUUUAUCAAAAAAUAUUAAAGAUUCUCUUGUAUUAUUUGCCAUCGAUCAUUCAGAUACAUUAAUGUUAAAUAUUUUAAAAGAACAUUGUUGUAUACCAUGUACACCUAAUGGUCGUACAUUAAGAAAACCAUCAAAAUUAAUUCAUCCACAUUGUAAAUUAGCUCAAUUAUAUUCAGAUAUUGAUGGACUAUUUCCAUAUGGUGGACAAGAUUCAUAUUUAAGAGAUGAUAGAUUAAAUGUAUUAAAAUUAUUAGGUAUGAAAUGUGAUGAUAAUUUUGUUACAUGGCAAGAAUUAACUGAACGUUGUGAAUCUAUUCAACGUAUACGUGAUUAUGAUUUAGCUUAUGAACGAUCAAUUGCAUUAUUAACAAUUUUAAAUGAUAUGUUAACAAUGUAUAAUAAUGGUGCUCCAUCAAAUGGUUCGAUAAAUUCGGGUGAUACAACACUCUAUGAUAAAGAAUCUCGUCAACGUGCAUCACUUCAACUACGAGACAUAUCAUUUUUACCAGUUAAAAUACGUCCUGUUGAAUUACAACAUUUAAAUUUACAAUGGAUGGGUGAUAAAUAUAUUAAUCGUCUAUUAAAACCAAAAGAUUUAUUAUCUCAACAUUAUGAAUUAUUAGUUGGUAGUUCAUGGCCAAUUGUUCAACAUUAUGAUUUAUCAAAAAUACAAAAAACUGAACAUAUUUUAAUAACAAAACAAAUUGAACAAUUUUUAGGUUUAGAUGAUACAACAAAAAUUGAAUUAAGAGAUGUACUUAAACAAUUAGAUGAAAUAUCAAAAUUAUCAGUUAUUGGUAGUGGUACAGGAGCAAAUUAUAAUCAUCAAACAAGUUCAAAAUAUAUAUUAGAUAUGUGUUAUAAUCUAUAUGAUUAUAUACAAUAUUAUUGUUUUCCACAUUUACAAACUCAACAACAAUCUUUAUCUCAUACAAAUCAUCAACAUUUAAGUGAAAUUGAAUAUCGUUCAUCGUCAAUGUCAUCAUUACAAUUAGAACAAUCUAUUCGUGAUAUUCGAGAACAUUUUCAACAACGUCGUCUUAUCUAUUUUCCAGCCGAUUUAAAUGAGACAUCAUCAUCACCCUAUCUCUUUUUAUCACUUACACAACUUUUAUGGCAAUCACCAAUAAAAAAUUCAACAGUAACACCUAAUUUAAAACCUUAUUAUUAUCAAGUACCAGUUACAUUACAUAAACAAUAUAAACAUUUUUAUUUGGAUUUAUUACAAAUUAAAAUACAAUUAGAAUAUAAAGAUUUAUUAACAAUUAUGGAUUCAAUUAAGAAAAAAUAUCAGACAAAACCAUUGGAUAAAGAUGAUUUUACAUUAUUACAAACAAUUUAUCAACUUAUUCUAGACGUUUUUCCUCAAACAUCUACAUCAAGUUCAACAACACCAUUUUAUUUACCCAAUGUCGAUUAUGUAUUACAUCAAGGAAAUACACUGUACUAUUAUCCAUUUGAACAGCAAUUAGUAUCGUCUCCACAAGAUGAAUAUUAUGUUCAUCCAUCUGUCGAUCGUCGUAUAUGUAUGAAAGCAUCUGUAAAAGUACGAAAAUCACAAUCUUCCGCUUCACAGCAACAACAACAACAACAACAACAUUCUACUCCUCCUCCAGCAUCAAUGCCUGUUUCGGAUCAACAACAAUCAAAUUCAUCAUCUCGUUUAUUUCCAAAAUUAUUUGGUAAUAAAAAAUUAGAAUCAAUUUUAGCUCGUUUAGAUGAUCCUCAUAUAAAUCCACAAUUAGUAGAAAAUAUGGAUGAAACAAAUCCAAAUAUUGUACUCGAAUUUCUAUUAGAAUCAAAUAAAUAUACUCAAAUAACUAAUAAUUUAUCGGAUGAUGAUAUUACAAUUAUUCUUAAAUAUUUUAAUGAUUUUCUUGCAAAAAAUUAUCAAGGUAAUUUUCAAAAGUUACGUGAAUUAAAAAUUUAUAAACCAUUGUGGGGUUCAUCAUCAUCACCUGAACCUGAACAUUCAUCAUCAAAAACUCAUCAACAACAGCAAUUAUGUUGUUCUCUUGAACAAUUUAACUAUGUUUAUAUUCUUAAUGAAGAUUGGUCAAAUUUAAUGCGUCGUUCAUUUAAAAAAAAUUUUUUUACUGAACAAUUUCAUGAAAAAAAGAGUGUUUUAUUAAUGCAAAAAAAAAUUGAACCAUUAUCUAAAAUAUUUAUUCAUUUACGUUUUCAUAUACCAACAGAUAUGGAUAUUUUCUUACAAUUAUGUUUACCAGGUUUUCGUAAACUCGAUGUUAAAUCACAAUCAAAUUUAUUAAAAUAUUUUUCUGAUGAUAUUGAUGAAAAAUUGAGUCAACAUGAUAAAGAACAAUGUCGAAAAUUAUUACAUGAUAAAUUAGAAAUAUAUUCUCAAGCAACAUCAGAAGAUAAACAACAACAUUUUACACAAAUAAGAACAAGUCGUGAUCCACCUGAAAUUUGUCCUAUUACCGAAUUAUAUGAUCCACAUAUUAAAAAUAUUAAAUCUAUAUUAUCGAUGCAUUAUUUUCCCGAUGAACAAUUUCAUACACCAUCUAUGUUAAAAUUUUUAAAAGAAUGUGGUUUAAGAUCAUAUAUUCAAAUUGAUAAAUGUAAACAGAUAAUGGAAUCAAUUCAAACACAUGUUAAAGAGAACGGAUGGACAUCUGAACAAAGAAAACGUUCUAAAUAUUUGUAUGAACAUCUCUUAGAUAAUUGGCAACGAUAUGAUAAUUCAAUAUUAGAUAUUAAAUUUUUAGAACCAUAUCGAAUGAUCUUUGAAAAUGAUGAUCUAUUACAAUUACACGAACAAUAUACAGCUUCGGAUGAUGUAAAUCAAUUAAAAUAUACUUGUAUUAAAUUGUCAGAUGGUGAAUUACUUCAAUAUUCAAAAUUAUGUUGGACAUCAUCGUAUUUAUUACCAGAAUUUGUUCGUCUCGAACAAUAUUCUGAUUAUACAGAUCAAACACAACAGAUAGAUCAAAAUUGUCUUGAUUUUUUUAAAUUAGACAAAAAACCGUCAUAUGCCCUUGUUAAAACAAAUUUAAUUAAUUUAUGUGAAAAAUUUUCAUUAAAAAAUAAUAAUCCUCAACAAAAACAAAAGGAGAGGAGUGAUUUAAAAUCUGGUUCAUCUGCUUCACAACAUAUUAUCGAUGAUAUUCUUAUACCCGUAUUAAAAGCAAUUUAUUCAUAUUUUCAAACAGAAAUUAAACUUGAACGACGUUCAGAAAUUUAUAAAGAAUUAGCAAAUAAAGAAUGUGUUUAUUCUAAAACACGUCGACAAUUUUUAUAUGGAAAAUAUUUUUGUUUAAAUUUACCUGUUCAAGAUGAAAUACCACCAUUUUUAUUUUCAUUACCCGAAGAAUUUUUAGAAUAUAAAAGUUUUUUUCAACAAAUUGGUACACAACAAGAACCCCAUCCAAUGUUAUAUGGUGAUAUUUUACGAAAAUUAUCAAAAGUAUGUGAUACAGAUUAUUUAAAUUCAAAUGAAUUAUGUAAAUCAUUAAAAGCUAUGGAAUGUUUUUUCAAAUAUUUAUCAACAAAUUCAACAAUAACAGCACAAUAUAAAUUAUCAGGUUUAUAUUUGGUAUCAAAUGAUUUUAAAUUAAUAAAAUCAAAUGAUAUUGUCAUUAUGGAUGAUAAAACAAAACUUGACUAUAUGACAAAAUUAGUACACGAUAAAUUUAUGUUUAAUCCAAAUGAACGUGUUUUAAAAUUAGAUCAAACAUCAUCAUCAAAUUCAGCAACAUCAAAAUCUCAAACAUCAACAACAGCACUUAAAGAUAUUAUUGAUAAAAUAUUUGUUAGUCAACGACCUGUUUUAUUUACACAAAAAUAUGAAGAAUCAUUUUCGAUUACAAUACCGGAAGAUGAAGAAUCACAUCGCCAACGAUUCUUAUUCAAUUUAGAACGUAAAUACAAUCAAUUAUUAUCCUCUCGUCAUUUACAUCGUUGUAUGGCACGUGUUAUUGCUAAUCAUGUAGCUCGUCAAACAAAUCCAAAAAUAAUUUCACUUGAUGAUGUUGAAAAUCUUAUUCGACAACGUUUAACAUAUGUUAAAGUUACAUGUGUCGAAUAUUUAGAAACAAAUUUAAUAUAUAAAAAAACACAACAAAAAGUUGAUCAAUCGGUUGAUGAAAAAGCUGUCUAUCUUGUUGUAGAAGGUGAAGAAAAUAUUAUAUUGUAUAUUUCAAUGAAACAUACUGAACAACCCUAUUUUACAUUAUGUUUGGCAAGAGCAUUAAGUCCAUGUUUGGGUUUAUCUGAAUUACAAUUGGAUAAUAGUGUUAUGGCAGCAUUAUUAGCAACAACAAUUGGUCAAAUGUCAAAAUUAUUAAAUUUAGUUAAUGUAGCAACAGAUGAAAAUAUUUUAUCAAUUUUAAAAAUGCAAUAUAUACCAUCGCCUGGAAAUGUUUAUGGUGAUGAUAUUGAAGCAUUACAACUAUUCAGUAUUGAUCAACAUCAAAUAUUGCCAGGUGAUUUAUGUGUCUAUAAAUUAAAUGAUUUAUAUAUUUAUUGUGAAGUUGAACGUAUUAUCAAAGAAUAUCCAUCUGGUGAUUCAUCUAAAUCAUCAUUUCGAAAGGAUGAUACUGAUGAAUGGUCAUGGAAAAAGAAUCAACAACAAAAUUUACCAAAUUAUACGUUUAUAUGUAAAAUAGAUGAAAAUAAUGGAACACAACGUAUUGAACAAGAUCAAUUUUAUGUAUUAGAACAUUGGUCACGAAUAUUUGAUGCUGUUUCAACAACUCCACCAGAUGAACGUGAAUCAUCAAAAUUUUCAACAGAUAAUAAGACCGGUCGAGAUUCAUCAUCAGGUGCAUCUAAACAUGAUCGUGAUGCGACCGGUGGUGAUGGAAAUCCUAACAUGCAUAAUUCACAUUCUUCUUUUUCUAAUAAUAAUUCUUCUUCCUCUCAUCAUCGUUCAUCACGUCAUCAUCGUGGAGAGGGUAAAACAGGUUUUCAUAGCGAUCCAGGAGCAACGGGAACUAAUGGACAUUCUCGUACAGAUAGUGAUUCAUCAAAUGGUACGGGUUCAGAAUCUCCGUCAGAGUCAGAAUCUUCAUCAACUCAACAACAACAGCAAGAUGCAAUAGAUAAAAAAGAGUUAGAAGACGUAAAAUCGGAAAUAUAUACUGCCGUGCGGAAUGCCUAUCAACAAACGGGUCAAGAACGAAAAAAAACAGUGAAAAAAUUAUUAUUAAAAUGGCAUCCAGACAAGAAUCCGGGACGUGAACGUUUUGCAGCCGAAGUAUUUAAACAUUUAAGAAAACAAAUCGAUCAUUUUGAAAAUGAUCCAUUAACAUCAUUGUUUAAUACGUUCAAUAAUUUUCAUCAUUCACCAUUUUCAGGAGCUGGUGAUUCAACUACAACAGAUAGCGGUGCGAAGCCUUCUGCAUCAACAUCAGCUGGUGGUAGUAGUGAUUACUUCCGUUAUGGUAGUUUUGAUAAUUUAAAUAAUGAUGAUGUUAAACGUUCGUAUCAAGAUAUUCCACGAACACAAACUACAUCAGAAAAUACAACUGAUUCAGACACUCAAACAAAUGGUGGAGGAACAUUUUCAGCUGGUACCGGAAAAACUCGUUUCUCACCACAUCGUUCAUCAUCAUUUCGAACAGCCAGAGAAGAAUGGGCUUAUAGACGUCAACAUGGAUUUCAACGAAGACAUGGUUUCUUUUCUCCAACAGAAGAACAGCCAACAAAUGGUACAUCGGGCACAAAUGGAACAGCAAAUGGUGCACAAACUGGCACACAAGGAAAACCAGCGCCUAUUUUUGAAGAAAGUCCAAAUGCACGCCGUAAACGUAAUUAUCAACAAUCAGAAGCUGAUCGUUGGUUAAAACAAGCUCAACACGAUUUAGAAAGCUCAUAUAGUGAUAUGCAUUCAUCAACAGGGAAUGUUGCUUAUGAUUGGGCAUGCUAUAAAUGUUACAGGGCAGCUGAAAAAGCGUUAAAAGCUUACCAUUAUUUCAGAGACACCGGCAAAAAUAUGACGGCUGAUAUUCCGGGCUUAUUGAUCGGCGUUGAUAAUGAUGUGAGAGAAAUUGGCUAUAAACUAUACAAAUGGAUUGGUGAUCCAAAUCGAAUGCAAUAUCCAAACGCAGCUAGAUUUGCAAAAAUACCCGCUGAAGUAUUCACUGUCUCACAAGCUGAACAAGCUAUCGAAUACACAAAAGAACUAUUGAAAAAAAUUGAAGAUAUCAUGUAUCCCAAAGAUUGGUUAAAAAAUCCCAAAUAUUCUGACUUUUUACAACAAGUUCGCCAUGACCCUACUAAAGCACGUUGUUCAUCAUGUAAUUGUAGUAUAUCGGUUUAUGGUGGGGACAAAACCGAUCUAGAUAAACAUGUAGACACUGUAAAACAUCAAGAAUUUAUGAAAAACAAAACAAAAAACUCACUUGAAACAUUUUUUACACCAUUUAUUAAAUUAGAUAAAUUAUCAGCUAUUGAAGCAACAUUUGUAUUUCAUGGCGUUAAACAUACUCGUUCACAUUUAUCAAAAGAUUGCACUGUUUCCGUUGUCAAACGAAACAGUCAAUGCUUCAGAUAA